AAAAUAGCAGAAAAUAUAAAACUCGAUUUGGAAAUUGAAAAAACCCCGAUUAAAUAAAAUACGUGAAAGCAAAAAACCGAAUUCAAACCCGAGUUGCCAUUGCAAAGCAAGACAGGAACACAGCAACAACAAGCGUACAGCAACACUUUUAUACGUUUCCAAAAGAAGAGAACACUGUUUUUGCAACUCAACACAGCCAUGAGGCCAUCGGAGUCGCCAAGGAGCUAAAACAGAAAUAAUAGCAACGCCCGUGACAACAAAUACAACACACACACACACCAUACGAUAUCAUCAUUACUGCUGAUUUUAUAGUCACCGAACAUUCUAAUAUCAGCGAAUAUUUUGAGUAAUAAAUCGUGCAUUACGCCAACAAUAAGAAAAACGCACUGUGUAACAAUUUUCAACUCGCAAGAAUAACAACAACAACAAGAGGGCACCACUGUAUCAGCUUCAGUUGGAAGCUUGAAAGUAGAAUUGAGCGAGUGAGCAGUACUGUCAGUGGGGUGCGUCUUUCGUCCGAUACGAUCAACUCGAAUCACUGCUGCUUUAACGACUGCAGACAGUAUUAGCAAAGCGAUCAGUACACUUUCGCUUUUCGACAUAGCCUACAUAUAUUGAUAGCAGCUCCACCCCUCCGCAAAGUUAGUGCAGCGCUAUUGAUCAGAGUCUUUUUACUGUGCAUUUCAUUGUUUGAUAUUUGUAGCAUGAGGUUUCAGAGCGACUUCCAUAGAAAGAAAAAUUUCGCUAAUCCUAAUUUGUUCAAUAAUUCCACUGCUGCGGAAAAGCCAACAUCUCCUCAGCAAUCAACACCUGUAAGCGGCCGUCCUGAUGCCAAAGAGGAAACCAAGGAACAAGAAGAAGUGCGAACAGAGCAUCUUUUUAAGCACCCGCUGCAGAAUACCUGGACUCUUUGGUACUUGGAGAACGACCGCACCAAAUCAUGGGAAGACAUGCAAAACGAAAUAACCAGCUUUGACACAGUUGAAGACUUCUGGAGCGUCUACAACCACAUCAAGCCCCCAUCUGAUAUCAAAUUGGGCAGUGAUUACUCGUUGUUCAAGAAAGGAAUCAGACCGAUGUGGGAAGAUGCUGGCAACAAACAAGUCGGUCGUUGGGUGAUUACACUAAAUAAGACUUCCAAGGCAGAUUUGGAUAAUUUGUGGCUUGAUGUUCUCCUUUGCCUAAUUGGUGAAGCGUUUGAGCAUUCAGAUGUGGUUUGCGGUGCUGUGGUCAACAUUCGUGGAAAGAACAAUAAAAUUUCUAUUUGGACAGCUAAUGGCAAUAAUGAGGAAACAAAGCACUAAUCACUUUCACGAUGUUAAUUAAAAAGCACUCGAGUUAAA